AUGGAGCAACAGCCACCAGUUCAGAGCUCCGAUAAUUUUUUUCAUGGUCUGCCUCAACAUUCAAUUCCUUUAUAUACCAACCCAGCCCCUGCAUCAGCACCCUUGAUAACUGCUUAUACUCCUGUGUGGGUUGCUCAAGGUCACUUGGCCUUUGGUGUGCCUAUGUCUGGAGUUUCUAUGCCCGCAUACAAUGCCCGCAGUCGAACACGGGGCACCAGGAUUAUGAGGCCUGCACAUCAGAGGGUUGCUGGGAGCAAUGCAGCAUUCAAUGUACUCUUAGUUCUUUUGCCUAAAGAUCUCACCAAUGUCUGUAAUGAAGACGCUCCUGAUCCCAUAGAUGAGGAUUUUUACACUGUCACACGUAUGCGCACAGGCAAAGACCUAGCCUCUGAUCUUCACUUUCUCUCUCGCCAUGGCCUAACAAAGAAACUUACUCUUCAACACCGAAACACUGACCACUAUGUCCUGGAUGAGUUAACCAAGGCUAUAUCUGAAAAGAAUUUCACGAUCUUCCCUUUCGAUUCAUCACUCCUGGCUAUUUCAACGCCCAUCAGGCUCCAAUUCUCCACCUUCCAGAAAAAGUGCGAGCGAGUGCGUGCUCCAGAUGAUGGGUCUACUGGGUUGUUAUAUCUGUGCCCCAAAGGCGGACCUCUCAUUGGACCAGUCGAGCCCAGGUCUCCCCAACAACAUUUCUGCUUUGCCAACUGCAUCAUGGGCCAUCUAGUACAAGGCUUUGACAAUGCACCAUCUCUACCUGGCCAUUUCUUCACUACACCAUGCAAGGCUGCUUGUCCAGCAAACGACGCACCCAACCCUCCAGCUUCAUUAUUAGCAACAGCAACCCCACGCACAUCAUCUUCAUCUAUCACAGGGUCCUCCUCUAGUGCAGUUCCUCACUAUCACAAUAGGGAUCGCUCAGGAUCUCCUCAUCCCAACAGGCAAACACCCUCAACUGCACCCACUAGUAGCAUGUCCUCAGGCUCCAAUAUACUGGCUGGGCCAAUUACUCGGUAUCAGAAUAGAGACCGCUCUGCUUCACCCCGCCCUGUACAGUAUCAAAGACGACCCCGGUCCCCAUCAUCCACUCCUGACAACUCACAGGCUGCAUCACCAUCCACUCACAUUCCUUUGACAUCAGCGGACAUUCAUGAUCUGAGUGACCUCUCCCACGCCAUCCAUGUUUCUGCAGAUCUCGAGUACUCCACGUCUACCCUGCACUUUGAGGCAGACACACUGAAUGAUGUCGCUGAUGGCUUGAUCAAUGUGCUCAAGCAUUGUCAUGUGCGACUCACUGAUCGACUGGACUCCGAGCCCCUCAACUUCACCAAUCCAGUCCCAGGUAGCACUUUUGCUACUUACCGUAGAGAACACCUGACGAGACAUGAUCUAACUAUUGGUGACAUCAAGUCAGUAUUUUCAAUGUCAUCCUGGAUGUUCAGAGCUGGCAGUCCUGAUGCCACUGAUAGCAUUGGUGAUGGAGUGAUGCGGCAGGUCAUUGAUACCACCCUUCAUAAAUGUCUUAGAUGGACAUCUGACACCACUGAGGUCCAUGGGGAUUUAUCCGCUAUCACGGGAGAUGCCAGUAUCAUGCUUGAUGAUGACUUUGUCUCGCUCAAGCUAUCUAGAUUUCCCUCUGCUGAGAAGCUUGCUGUAGUCUUCACCAUAGGUCGUCUGUGUGCAUUGCACCUUCUCAAAGUGUGCAAUGCGCCACACCCCAUUACACCAGCUAUCUUCAGCUUGAUCAUCAAUGGUGCUUCUUCCCUAACCAAUCAAGGCUCGAUCAAUGACCAUGGCUCUUGGCUGCGCUCUGUAUCUCCUGCUUUGGCUGACGUUCUUGCCUCUCUGCCCGCUGCAGAUGGGAGUGCAUCUAAUCUUCCAGUAGAUGCAGCGAACAGGUCACACAUCACCAGGAUCUGUCAGUCUCGAUUGGACACCAGCUUUUCAGAGAUCCGACGUACUCCACCUGAUCGCUGGCCCAUUGUGCGCAAAGAUUUCAUAUUUGCUGCUCUUCUAGGUUAUUCCCAUGAGCAGUUUUUGGGCUCUCGAGAAUACGAGGCUUUCAGAGAUGGAUUUGAUAUGUAUCUAAUGUCGUCCAUUCCAUCUCUGGCUCAAAUUCUGCAAGUGAACUUCAACGAAAUGCUCCCACAGAUUUAUGAUCACCAGCCCUCUGCUGAUGCUAUCGAGUCUAUGCUACGCUUUGAAGUUGAUGGAGAUAGUACCUUUUGCUCUCAAAUAUCGCCACACCUUCAUUUUUUCAAGAACGCUGUGCUUGAGUAUCUGCGGGGAACUGGUCAUCCUGCCCACUCGAUGUUUGAAGGCCUGGAUGAUAGUGAAGCAAUCCACCCCAAUCACUGUGCACGCCAGUUUGUGAAAGUAUUAAGUGGCAUACCUCUUUUGCCCUCAGAUUCUUCGACAUGCUUCAAGGUAAUUGUCGUGCAAAAUGUGCCACAGGACACUUGCUUUGGUGGAGCAUUGAAUCCUGAGACUGAUCUCAUUCCACCGAUUGCACAUGCCUGUAUGCAUAGGUUGGAUAUUUUUGCAAAUGCUCCAAUCAUCAACUGGCUAGUUACUGCCCCUUCCACCUGUGUAGAUGAAUCGCCAUUAGGCAUAUGCCUUCACACCGCAUUGGUAGAGCUUGGUGAGGACUCAUUUAAUGGACGCCUUCCAUUAUCAGUAUAA